CGCCGGCCUAGGGAAAUCCGGGCGAGAGAAGCGUGGCGAGUGGAGCGCCUGCAAUGCAGCCUGAACGUGGCGGCAAGCCCCGAAGGGAAGGCGGCCGGCAAAGUCGGAGGCGGCCGAGCGGUAGAGAAAAGCAAGCGGAAGGCCCCGGAGGCCGUCGCGAAGACGGCCACAACCGAGGAAGCGGGAGCCGCGGCAGAGGCGGGGGAGCGGGAAGAGGCGGGGCGCGCGGCGGGCGAGACGCUCGUGGCAGAGGAGCCGCUGCGCCUUCCUCCGCUUCUCAGUGUUAUGAGUCGGCUGUUGCUGAUCUUGAAUUACGAGAAGAGGGAAAAGAACAAGGAAGUUAUUCAAGAAGAAAGGUAAUUUCCAACUGGCAUCGUUAUGAAGACACUGAGAAAGAAAUCCAGAAUGACAGUGAAUCUCAGCGUGGGACAGACUUCAGUGUUCUGCUUAGCUCAGCAGGGGAUUCCUUUACCCAGUUCAGAUUCACUGAAGAAAAGGAGUGGACUGCAGAAAAUCUUUGCCCAAAGCAGCUGUCUGGGUUGUAUGUUGACUGCCAGUCAUUGGUCCAGGCACUUGAGGAGCUGCCUCUACAUCUCAAACUGAAUGUGGCUGCUGAGCUCGUGCAGGCUGCGACACCUGUUGCACUCCCUCAGAUUAAAUUGAAAAGUAAUGAUGUUCCCAAGAAAAGCAGUGGUCCAUUUCAGCCGCCCGUGGGGCAAAGUAGAGUUGUAGCAAGCCCUUCUCCUGCUGAAGAUUCUACUGCCCAUAUGAUGCUGCCAAAUAAAGAUGGACUUGGAAUUUCUUCAGAGGCCCUCCAGAAAAGCCCUUCAGUUUCACACCAAAAACCAGAUGACUUAGAUGAAGACUUGGAUCGACUUCUGAAGCUAGAUGCCCCUGUUAAUCCUGAAGAUAAUUUUGCGCUGGAAACAAUGUCGCCGAAUGCAACUUCUGAGGAUGAUUUGCAGAUGCCACAUGAAGAAAAUGAACUGGAUGGAACUGAAGAAAUUUGCUCAGCAUCUCAACAGCAGGAAGUUACAUCCAAAAAUAUUACUGAGGAGGACCUUGAAGACUGGUUAGACAGCAUGAUCUCCUAAGGCCUGCUUUUCGGUUGUCAUGCAAGUAACUAAAGAUACAUAAACAUGACAGUAGCUCAGUAUAACAUAUCUCUGUGUACAAGUAUUUAAUGGAACAACCCCUUCAUCUUGAUUUUUAAUUGUUACAUGUCUAACUUUGUUUGCAUUGACAAUUUGAAACAACAAAUCUGAAUACCCUCCAGAUAAGACAGGUGAUGCAGAGUUCUUUGCAUCAGAAUGUAAUGUUUAUUUGAAUUUUUCUGUAGAAAAUUUAAAAUGUUUCAAAGGUGGUUUGGGCUGCAAAGCAAUACAGACAAUGUAACAGUUUUGAAUUAUGUUGCUCUAGAGCUUGUUGCAAAAUAAAUAAUGUUAGUAAAUGCAUUUGUGUGUUUAUGAUAUAAAUUGUGAUGUGACUUCUCGUAGGUUAACACAAUGAAACACGGCAACAUGAAGGUUUGUUUUUUAAAUUCUUUAUUGCAGUGGAUACUUUUAUUAGAAAGAAAUAUACAUAAACAUAGCAACUUUAUCACUAGUUUACCAUAAAGCAUUAUUUUUGUUUAGUUUAAAAUUAAAUUUUGUAAGGUUGUGAGACAGGUUUUUUUAUUAUUAUUCAGCCGCAUCUAAUAAGCUGUUUGGGAACAAGUUUAUGACUAACCUUCAAGUAUUUCAUACAAUAAGACAGGAAAGCAACACAAGUAAUUAACAAAAAUGUCAAUCUAAAAAGCCAACAGUUAAAAAAAAAGUUUGCAUAGCUAUGUCUGCAAAGAUUUAAGGCACUUAAUUAGGAUUUUAGGGACAAUACAUUUUCAAAAGUUUUAAGUAUUGAAGAAUUCAAAACUUUCUACCUCCACCUUUCUCUAAGGAACGGCAUGGGGGCUGUCAGUAUUUCAAGGCUGUUUGAAAUAUUGUUUAAUAUCAUAACAUGAGUCAAUAAUUGAGGCAUUGUCACCUGACAUUCAUGUUCUUAAGUUGCAGAUGUUUUGUAUGUAACAAAAUAUUAUAUAGCCCUUUCAACUACGCUAUUUCCUAUUCCAUAAAGGGUUGGGUUAAACUCAACUAAUAUCUGAACUAGAAUACUGAAUUGAAAUUUGUAAGCAUUUUUUUGUCCUUUUCCAAAAAUAAAACUGAAAUUGAGACAAUGUAAGGUUGUUUCCG